AAAAAGACCAAAGGGCAAUAGCUUCACUUUGUGUUUAGCUGUUGAACAAUGGCUGGAAGUUGGUGUUUGGCUCAGAUUUUGGUGGUCUGUGCUUUCUGUCAUGCUGUCCCACAGUGGAGUCAAUCGCUUCAGAAUGCUCAAGCUCUGAUGAUCCAGCAAACUGACCAGCAGUUUCAGCUCCAGAAGCCAGUUCAACAGCUAACUAACCAGCAGUUUCCACCUCAGAAACCAGUUCAACAGCUAACUAACCAGCAGUUUCUGUUUCAGAAGCCAGUUCCACAACAACCUAAGCCGCAGUUUCCGUUUCAGAAGCCAGUUCCACAACAACCUAAGCCGCAGUUUCCGUUUCAGAAGCCAGUUCCACAACAACCUAAGCCGCAGUUUCCGUUUCAGAAGCCAGUUCCACAACAACCUAAGCCGCAGUUUCCGCUUCAGAAGCCAGUUCCACAACAACCUAAGCCGCAGUUUCCGCUUCAGAAGCCAGUUCCACAACAACCUAAGCCGCAGUUUCCGCUUCAGAAGCCAGUUCCACAACAACCUAAGCCGCAGUUUCCGCUUCAGAAGCCAGUUCCACAACAACCUAAGCCGCAGUUUCCGCUUCAGAAGCCAGUUCCACAACAACCUAAGCCGCAGUUCCCUCUUCAGAAGCCAGUUCCACAACAACCUAAGCCGCAGUUUCCGUUUCAGAAGCCAGUUCCACAACAACCUAAGCCGCAGUUUCCGUUUCAGAAGCCAGUUCCACAACAACCUAAGCCGCAGUUUCCGCUUCAGAAGCCAGUUCCACAACAACCUAAGCCGCAGUUUCCGCUUCAGAAGCCAGUUCCACAACAACCUAAGCCGCAGUUUCCGCUUCAGAAGCCAGUUCCACAACAACCUAAGCCGCAGUUCCCUCUUCAGAAGCCAGUUCCACAACAACCUAAGCCGCAGUUUCCGUUUCAGAAGCCAGUUCCACAACAACCUAAGCCGCAGUUUCCGUUUCAGAAGCCAGUUCCACAACAACCUAAGCCGCAGUUUCCGUUUCAGAAGCCAGUUCCACAACAACCUAAGCCGCAGUUUCCGUUUCAGAAGCCAGUUCCACAACAACCUAAGCCGCAGUUUCCGUUUCAGAAGCCAGUUCCACAACAACCUAAGCCGCAGUUUCCGUUUCAGAAGCCAGUUCCACAACAACCUAAGCCGCAGUUUCCGUUUCAGAAGCCAGUUCCACAACAACCUAAGCCGCAGUUUCCGUUUCAGAAGCCAGUUCCACAACAACCUAAGCCGCAGUUUCCGUUUCAGAAGCCAGUUCCACAACAACCUAAGCCGCAGUUUCCGUUUCAGAAGCCAGUUCCACAACAACCUAAGCCGCAGUUUCCGUUUCAGAAGCCAGUUCCACAACAACCUAAGCCGCAGUUUCCGUUUCAGAAGCCAGUUCCACAACAACCUAAGCCGCAGUUUCCGUUUCAGAAGCCAGUUCCACAACAACCUAAGCCGCAGUUUCCGUUUCAGAAGCCAGUUCCACAACAACCUAAGCCGCAGUUUCCGUUUCAGAAGCCAGUUCCACAACAACCUAAGCCGCAGUUUCCGUUUCAGAAGCCAGUUCCACAACAACCUAAGCCGCAGUUUCCGCUUCAGAAGCCAGUUCCACAACAACCUAAGCCGCAGUUUCCGCUUCAGAAGCCAGUUCCACAACAACCUAAGCCGCAGUUUCCGCUUCAGAAGCCAGUUCCACAACAACCUAAGCCGCAGUUCCCUCUUCAGAAGCCAGUUCCACAACAACCUAAGCCGCAGUUUCCGCUUCAGAAGCCAGUUCAACUUGAUAAAUGUGCUGUAGCUGAUUCUGAGCAGAUCCAAUGCGGUCUACCUGGGAUCAGUGGUGCUGCGUGUGAAGCUAUCAACUGCUGCUUUAACGGACAGCAGUGUUUCUAUGGGAGGGCAGUGACUGUCCAGUGUAUUAGAGAUGGUCAGUUUGUGGUAGUGGUGUCUCGAGACGUUACCUUGCCUCGACUGAGUCUGGAUUCGGUUCAACUACUGGGUGGAAACGACCCACCUUGUGCUCCUGUGGGGUCUACACCUUCCUUUGCUAUAUACCAGUUCCCUGUGACCGCAUGUGGCACGAGCGUGAUGGAGGACGGUGGAUAUGUGGUGUAUGAAAACCGAAUGACCUCAUCGUAUGAAGUGGGGAUUGGACCAUAUGGUUCCAUCACAAGGGACAGUCAUUUUGAGUUUCUCUUCCAGUGUAGAUAUUCGGGAACUUCUGUGGAAGCUCUGGUUGUGGAGGUCAACUCCGUUCCUCCACCUCCACCAGUAGCCGCUCCUGGACCUCUCAGGGUGGAGCUCAGACUGGCCAAUGGCCAAUGUGUCACCAAAGGCUGUGCUGAAGGGGAUGAGGCCUACACGUCCUACUACAGUGACGCUGAUUAUCCCAUCACAAAAGUCCUGCGAGAGCCUGUGUAUGUUGAGGUGCACAUUAUGGAGAGGACUGACCCCAACAUUGUCCUGAUGCUGGGACGUUGUUGGACUACUUCAACCCCCAGUCCACUCAGUCUCCCCCAGUGGGACCUUCUGAUCGACGGAUGCCCUUACCAGGACGACCGCUAUCUGACCACACUGGUUCCAGUGACUGGAUCGUCUGGUCUUCAGUUCCCAACCCACUACAAGCGCUUUGUUGUGAAGAUGUUCACAUUUGUAGAUCCAGCCUCACUGGCUGCUCUGCAGGAAACCGUCUUCAUCCACUGCAGUACAGAGGUGUGCCAUCCAUCAUCUGGCUCUUGUGAGCAAAGCUGCACCAGGAAACGAAGAGACACCCGUAUCAAGGCUGUCUCUGGGGAGCAGACUGUGGUUUCUAGUGGAGAAGUUACUCUGGUCAUGUAAAUCUAGUGUUUUUAAUAAACCCUGCAGAACCCCGA